AUGACUGCUGGUGAUAGUGAGAUGGUACAAGGCUCUAUUUCUUCUGUUCUUGUUGAUUCGUUGGAGUCUAAUGAGAACGGAGAUGUGCUUUCACCUGAAGAUGUAGCUUGGGUUGAUUCUUGCCUUGUUAAAGAUCCUGAAAUUUCAGAUGGUACUGACUGGAGUUCUCUGAAAGAUGUUUUGCUAGAAAUUCUCAGUCUGCAGCCAGAGUCACAUGACUCUUCUGAACCUGGAAAUGAUGACUUGCCUAGAGGAACUGACAUUCUGAUGCAUCUAUCCAAUGAAACAGAAAAUUUACAGUCACGUGUAGUAACUGAUGAUGAGGGAGAUCUCUCAGAAACUUCUCUCGAACAUGCCUUCUCGCCUAAUUGCAAGGAAGAUGACGACUCAACGAUGUGUCUGCCAGCAGGUUCAGGACUUGAUAUGGGUUUUACAGCAUCUGAUAUUGAGCCAUCAACUGAGGAUAUCUUUAAGGUUUGGGGUUCGGGCAUGGAAGAUGAGGAAGAUGAGCUUAUCAAACAGUUGAACAAGGCGCUUGCUGAAAAUCCUGUUCAAUCCACUCCAUCAUCAUCUGAUGAUUCCGGAGCACGGAAAGAUUUGAAAGAGGAGUCCCUUGAUACUUUGACUCAUGGCAUUGCUGACCUGUCUUUGGAUCAACAUUCUUGACUUUACUUGACAUUGUUGACAACAUUGUACAUUUUAUAAUUUCAACUUCGUUGCACGUCUCCUGCUUCUAGCAACCGCUUUUAAUUUUGAUGGACGUAGUGUUUAGAGUUCUGCGUAAGUGUGAAAUAUUUUUAC